UGGGUACGCGUUGUGCCGCCGCCGCCGGACUCUGCGGAGCCGGGGCAGCGAGGCAGGCGGGCUCGGGAAGUUGAAGAAGCUCCAACUCGGAGAGAGACGGAGGACGGACGCUGCAGCCGCCAGGAAGCUGGUUCGUGGGGCCGGGGGGCUGCAGGACUUUGUAGGGCAUAUGGUGCAUGGGAAUUGAAUUGAAAGUUUCUUCACCUGAAUUGAGAGGCUUUAUAACAUUCAGCAACCAGCCUGCCUCACAUUAUCUGAUGUGAGUGAAACCUGGCCCAAGAAGCAGAAUUCCUUUAUUGCCUUGCACAUUUUGGAUUCCCUGAGAGAAAGUUGGACUGUUAGGGUCUACCAGCGAGUACACUCCAGGGCUUUUAUUUUUAAAUAACCUCCCCCUUUGUUGUGGGGACAUGGUCUACAUCCUAAGCUGCUGAGUGACUGGGAAUACAUCUUUUGUCUUCUGCACUGGACAGACUGGACAAGCUUGGUGUCUUGGUGAUCAUUUCCAGAGACUUUUGAAGUUCUUGUUCCCUGUAAUGUAAUCCUCAGUGAUGAAGCACAUGUAUAAGGAUGCAUUAAGAAAAGAACCAUGGAUAAAUACUGUAAACUCCAAAAGAUUGGGGAAGGAUCCUUUGGAAAAGCCAUUCUUGUUAAAUCUAGGGAAGAUUACAAACAAUAUGUUAUUAAGGAAAUUAACAUCUCAAGGAUGUCCAGUAAAGAAAGAGAAGAAUCAAGGAGAGAAGUUGAAGUGUUGGCAAACAUGAAGCAUCCAAAUAUUGUCCUAUAUAGGGAAUCAUUUGAAGAAAAUGGCUCUCUCUACAUAGUAAUGGAUUACUGUGAAGGAGGGGAUCUAUAUAAACGAAUAAAUGCCCAGAAAGGUGUGUUGUUUCCAGAAGAUCAGAUCUUGGACUGGUUUGUGCAGAUUUGUUUAGCACUGAAACAUGUGCAUGACAGAAAAAUUCUUCAUCGAGAUAUAAAGUCACAGAACAUAUUUUUAACCAAAGAUGGGACAGUACAGCUGGGGGACUUUGGAAUUGCUAGAGUUCUUAAUAGUACCCUUGAGCUAGCUCGGACUUGCAUAGGAACUCCAUACUAUUUGUCACCUGAAAUCUGUGAAAACAAACCUUAUAAUAAUAAAAGUGACAUUUGGGCUUUAGGUUGUGUCUUAUAUGAGAUGUGUACACUUAAACAUGCAUUUGAAGCUGGCAAUAUGAAAAACCUAGUACUGAAGAUCAUCUCUGGAUCCUUUCCUCCUGUUUCCUUGCAUUAUUCCUAUGAUCUCCGUAGUCUACUUUCUCAUUUAUUUAAAAGGAAUCCUAGGGAUAGACCAUCAGUCAACUCCAUAUUGGAGAAAAGUUUUAUAGCCAAACGUAUUGAAAAGUUUCUUACACCUGAGCUUAUUGCUGAAGAAUUUAGUCACAGAGCAUUUCACAAAUUUGGAGCUCAUCCUUUACCAGCCAAAAGACCAGCUCAGGGACAGAUCUUUGCAUCUCCUGCUCCAGCACAGAAAAUUACAAAACCUGCCGCAAAAUAUGGGGUGCCUUUAACACAUAAGAAAGUGGUGGAAAUGCCUAAAAAAGUCCAUGAAAAGAAGCCACCGUCAAGAUACAAACAGGCCCAACAAACUCCUUUGAAGAAAGUGAAUCCUGGAGAAGAAAGGAGGAAAAUGUUAGAGGAGUUAGCAAGGAGGAGAAGGUUGGAAUAUCAUGAAAAAGAAAAAAAACAAAGGGAACAGAUUAGUUUAUUGAAACAAGAACAUAUGAAAAGACAAGAGAAGGAAAGGAUGGAGCGAAUAAAUAGGGCCAGGGAACAAGGAUGGAGAAGUGUUCUAAGUUGUGGUGGAAGUGGUGAAGUUAAGGCUUCCUAUAUUGGUGGUAGAAGGGCAAUGGCACCAGGUCCUUUUCCUUCCCGAGCACCAUAUGAACAUUACCAUGCUAUUUUUGAUCAAAUGCAGCAACAAAGAGCGGAAGACAGAGAGGCUAGGUGGAAAGGAGAAAUACAUCGCCAUUGCCUUCCUGAAAGAGGUGUUCCUCCUGGAAUACGUCCAGGAUUUCCUAAUGGGGCUGCAGGUCAUCACCAUUCUUCUGAUGCUGAUACAGUUAGAAAAACAUUGAAAAGAUUGAAGGCCGUGUCUAAACAAGCCAAUUCAAACAGGCAAAGGGGACAGCUUCCUGCAGAAAGAGCAAAACAAGUAGAGGAAUUCCUACAGCGGAAACAAGAAGCCAUGCAAAAUAAAGCUCGAGCUGAAGGACACAUGGGUACCCUGCAAAACCUGACAGCUAUGUGUGGAGGCAGGUCCAGUUCUUCAAGAGGAGGGAAACCAAGAAACAAGGAGGAAGAGGAGUACUUGGCAAGAUUAAGGCAAAUAAGACUUCAAAACUUCAAUGAACGCCAACAAAUUAGAGCCAAACUUCGUGGUGAAAAGAAUGAUCCUGAUGGCUUCAAAGGACAAGAAGGGAAUGAAGAAAUAGAAAUUAGACGCAAAAGAAUAGAAAUACUAAAGGCCCAGGCAAACACUCGAGCUGUUGUAUUGAAAGAACAACUUGAACGAAAGAGAAAGGAAGCAUAUGAGAGAGAGAAGCGAGCUUGGGAAGAACAUCUGGUAGCUAAAGGCAUAAAAAUUGGUAAUAUACCUUCCAGUGAGAGAGCAGCAGCACUUGGUCAUUUCCAGGAACAGCAUGAACCGGGCAGCCCUCCUUCCCAGGUACAGGUGAAGCCUAAUAUACCAGUCAUCUCCAUCACAUCAGCUUUGAAAGAAGUGGGUGUGAACAGAAGUUUAAUUGACAUUCAGGAAACUUCUGAAGAAAUGAAAAUGACUGAUAAUGCUCUUUCAAAUAAACGAGAGAUACUGCGUAGACUAAAUCAAAACCUCAAGGCUCACAAAGAGGAAGAAGAAAAGACACAAACCUCUGAAAUUUGUGAAAUAACUGUGAAUGAAGACAUUAAGGAUCAUCAGGAAGAAAAAUCUGUAUCAUCAGAACGUAAGAAAUGGGAGCCAGGAAGUCAACUGGAAAUUCCUCUAGCCAAAUUAACAAUGGAAGAGACCUUUCCUACAGAACUUACAGUGGGACAUGUUAUUAAACUAGACAUUGAAGGAUCUCCAAGAAGAGCCUGGGGAAAAAGUCCAACAGAUUCUGUUCUUAAGAUUCUUGGAGAAGCUGAACUACAACUUCAGACACAAUGUUUGGAUGAGAUAACCCUUAAAAAUGAAGCCUGUGAAGGAAAAAACUCCAAAACCUUAGCCAUGGAGAAAAAAGAAGUACAGUUUGUUCCUGUUGAUAUAGAUCCUUCACCUGUAGUUAAUAAAGCUGAUAUCAAAGCCUCUCAAGAGCUGAAACUUAAGGAAGCAGAUGAAUUUUUACAAAUGGCAUUAAAACCAGUUAUGAUGGAAGAAAAAUUAGAAGAACCUGAUGAUUUGGAAGCGGAAAUCUUGGAAGGAUCAAGUAAAGCUAGCAAAAAUAUUGACUUGCCUUUAUCUGUCAACGAGGUGUGGCUUAGAGACUCAGAGGAGACAGACUUGGAGAAUAAAACGAUGAAACAAAAUGAUCUUGAAGCAACUUCUGAAAGAAGAAAUCUGAGUGAAAUUGAAUCACCUAAUAAAGUUCAGAUAGAACCUGCUUUAGAUGAUUCUGUGCAACCUGAACCUAAUCUGAAGAAGUCUAUGCAAUCUGAACCAUUUUUUCACAAAGUAGAUCCUUUGGAAGCCUUGAAAAAAGCCACCUUCAUUCCAUCAAGUCAUCUUACACAACAACAGUCUUUUCGUGCUCGUUCUGAUUCACCAGCAAAAAAUAAAGGCAAGAAUUCAUUGCUAAUUGGACUUUCUACUGGUCUAUUUGAUGCAAAUAAUCCAAAGAUGUUGAGAACAUGCUCACUUCCAGAUCUCUCUAAGUUGUUCAGAACAUUGAUAGAUGUUCCCACUGUGGUAGAUGUAUGUCAAGACAAUCUUGAAAUAGAGGACACUGAAGAUGAACCCAUUAAAGAAGCACCUUCUGAUUGUGAAGAGAUGAUAUUUGGGGAGGCAGACCCAGAUUUACAGGAUCUUCAGGCCUCUAUGGAAAGGUUACUUCGAGAACCUAGUGAAGAAUAUAGUGAACCUAGUGAACCACCUAAUGAAGAAUCUAGUGAAGAAGAAGAAGUAGAAAUUGUCUUAAAAUCCAUCAAUGAGGGACAUAUAGCAAAUGGCACAGAACUUGCUGACGAGGAUGACAACAUAAGCAGUGAAAGUGUUCUUAAUGAAGAGUGGCAUUCAGAUUACAGUGAUGGUGAUAUUGCCAGUGAAUGUGGAGAAUGUGAUAGUGUCUUUAACCAUUUGGAGGAACUGAGACUUGAUCUGGAGCAGGAAAUAGGCUUUGAUAAAUUCAUUGAAGUUUAUGAUAAAAUAAAGGUAAUACAUGAAGAUGAAGAUGAGAAUAUUGAGAUUUGUUCAACAAUAGUUCAGAAUAUUCUGGGAAAUGAACAUAAGCACCUCUAUCCUAAGAUCCUUCAUCUAGUCAUGGCAGAUGGAGCCUAUCAGGAAGAUAUUGCAAGAGGCUUGUGACUAUGGGAAGAUAAAAUGCGAAUUCAAUUAAAUCCCUGCAAGUGGGAUAAUGAUGAAUAAACCUGACUCAGGAAUUUCUUUUGCCUUCUGCUAUGGGAAAUCAUUGGAACUCUGCCCAGCAGAAUAACAAGAUUCAGUCAGAAAUGUAGCAAAGACUCAUUUUAUAGAAUAAGAAUAUCACUAUUAAGAUGGGCAUGCUGAUUGCAUGAAGGAGCCAAGGAAACAUACCAUUUUAAACUUAAAAUAUUAGUGCUUUGCGUAUUUUCUUUGUUCCUUGAGUUUAAAAGUUAGUUUCUGUUGAAUCUGUGUUUGUGUGUCUAUGUAUGUCUAUACAGAGAUACAUACAUACUUCAUGUCAAACCAUCCAAAGCUUAACAGGAAUGGGCCUGGGCCAGGAAUGGUUUUAAUGGUUUUAAAGAAUAUUUAUCAUGAAAUAAGGUAGCAUCAACUGUUGUAGUAUGGAUGAAAAACAGUGACCCAUAUUGUGAAAAACUUGACUGUCACAUUACAUUCAAGUAUUACACUUUUUUUUCCCCUAGACUAAACUGCUAAAAGGCAGUUUUUGGUGUUUGUUGUUUUUUUAUGAGCUAAUACACUAAAUUAAAUAAUCUUGUUAAGAUCCCUCUCUGAAUACUUAACAUUUUUGAAGAUGCAGUUUGUAUCCUAAUAUAUAUUGUAACCCAACAGUAUCACCCAAACCAACUUACUAGAUAAAAAUUGAGGCACUGUUCUAGAGAUCAUUAAAAUUUUUGAUUUGCAAAGGAUAGAUGGAAAAUUUUAUUCCUUGAUGUUCAGAAAAUACAACAGUUUCUUCCAGUUAUGUUUUAUUUGGUCUAGAACCUACAGAAGUACUUGGAAAUUUGCCUGCUUUUGUAACAUUGACCCAACAUGUAGCUUAAAAGUAGCAUCCCUCUUUGGUUUGCAUCUCUUAUCCACAGUUGCUAUAUAAUGAUUUACAAAGAAACAAUGUUUCCAAUCCCCAAUUUUACUUCUGUAUAAAUAAUUUCUUGCAAUCAGCAUCUCAGUGGGAAAAGAUCAUUUGAUGGUUUCUUCUACUGCUUUUCAUUACAAGAGGAUCCAAGUUUCACAGAGUCAGGUAGUUUUUUUCUUUGAGAUGAUGGCGACACAGCACAAUCUCUACCUGCAACAGGGCUAAGAAUUAGAUAGAAAAUAUCUGACAUCCAGAUAGAGAAUGUUAACCUUUGAGCAAAUGCAGCCUGACUGGCAAAAAUCUCACUAGUUUAAAAAUAAAAACAGUCUUCACAGCAGCACUAUGUUGAAGUUAUUAUGUAUAUUAUUUUUAACAUUCAAAAAUAAAUAACUUGAUUUUUGUAUAUUUCUUUACUUUUGUGAAGUUACUAUUAAAUUUUUUCU